GGGCGGGGUGGGGAGCGGAGCUCCUGCGGCCAUGGUGGCUCACGACGAGCUCGGCGGGCUGCUGCCCAUCAAAAGGACUAUCCGGGUCAUCGACGCGCAGAACCAGCACUUCAGGGAGCAGGAGGAGCCGAGCACCAAACGGGUCCGGCCUUUGGCACGAGUCACCUCCCUGGCAAACCUGAUCUCUCCGGUCAGGAACGGGGCGGUCCGACGCUUCGGGCAGACGAUCCAGUCGUUCACCCUUCGCAGCGACAGCAAAUCGCCCGGCUGCUCCCAGAAGUCGUGCAGCAGAUCCGCUGCUCCCACUCCCCCCAAGAGGAGGAACAGCGUCCUCUGGUCGGAAACGUUGGAUGUCAACACCAAAGAAUCCCUGAGCACCAAAGAAAUCAAGCGCCAGGAGGCCAUCUACGAGAUGUCCAGGGGAGAGCAGGACCUGAUUGAAGACCUGAAGCUGGCCAGGAAGGCCUACCACGAUCCCAUGCUGAAACUCUCCAUCAUGUCCGAGGAGGAGCUCACCCACAUUUUUGGGGACUUGGAUUCCUACAUUCCCCUGCACGAAGACUUACUGGCGAGUUUGGGGGAGGCAACGAAACCAGACGGAACGGUGGAGCAGAUUGGGCCCAUCCUCGUCAAGUGGUUGCCCCAACUCCACGCCUACAAAGGCUACUGCAGCAACCAGCUGGCAGCCAAAGCCCUGCUGGAUCAGAAGAAGCAGGACAGGCGCGUGCAGGAUUUCCUGCAGCGCUGCCUGGAGUCUCCCUUCAGCCGCAAGCUGGACCUUUGGAGCUUCCUGGACAUCCCUCGGAGCCGCCUGGUCAAAUACCCGCUGCUCCUCAAGGAGAUCCUGAGGCACACUCCCAAAGACCAUCCCGACGUCCGCAUCCUGGAGGAGGCCAUCUCCAUAAUCCAAGGAGUGCUGUCCGACAUCGACCUGAAGAAGGGCGAGUGCGAGUGCCAGUAUUACAUCGACAAGCUGGAAUACCUGGACGAGAAGCAGAGGGAUCCGAGGAUCGAGGGCAGCAAAGCUUUGCUGUGCCACGGGGAGCUGAAGAAUAAAAACGGACACAAGCUCUACGUCUUCCUCUUCCAAGAAAUCCUGGUGCUGACGCGGCCGGUGACCCGGAACGAGCGCCAGGCGUUCCAGGUGUACCGCCAGCCCAUCCCCGUGCAGGAGCUGCUCCUCGAGGACCUCCAGGACGGGGAUGUCAAAAUGGGAGGCUCCUUCCGAGGAGCUUUCGGGAAUUCCGAUAAAGCCAAAAACAUUUUCCGAGUCCGUUUCCAAGACCCGAGCCCGGGCCAGUCGCACACGCUGCAGGCCAACGACGUCUUCCACAAGCAGCAGUGGGUGAACUGCAUCCGCACGGCCAUCGCCCCGUUCCGGAGGAACGUCCCCUCCUCCUGCGAGCUCCAGGAGCUGCCGGAGCUGAGCGAGGAGUCGGAGGAGAACAACCCCUCGGUGCCCAACGUCCCGGCCCAGCAGCGCCAGCCGGGAAUAUCCCACAUGGAGCUGGACGAGAGCGCGGCCGAGCGCGGCUCCGUCCCGGACUCGCGGGAGGAAGCCAAAGGAGCGAAAUCCCACAGAACCUCGGCGGGGCGCAGGAAAUCCAGGGAGAAGCAGCUCAGCGGGAAGCGGAAAGAAACGUUGGUGUAAGGCAAAAAAGAAAAAAAACACCAAAAAAAAACCACCAAAAAUAAGGAGCCCCGGUGCGUAUCCUCACCCCCGGAGCCGGGGGGAAAACUGUUAAUUUAUAAAUAAUUCCGUGUACAUUUUUUGUACCGGGAGCGCCUCGGGAGCCGCUCCGCGGAUCUGAUCCUGGGUUUAUGUUGGAAUGGCAGCUACUGGUGUGCGGUCACUGUUGAACUGGGGUCUGGUGGGUUUUUUUUUUUUUAACACUUUGGAAUCCGUGUGGGAUUUCACAAAAAGCACCCCCCCGGCACAGCAAAUUCGGGUUCCCGGAAGUUUUCCCCGCAGCCGUGGUGGAGGGUAGAAAUCGAAGUGGAAUUUUGGGGAAUUUGGGGUUUCGAUCAACACUGCAAAAAUGCUUUAAGAGGACUCAACACCCAAAGUCACUCCGGUGCGUGGUUGUGGCGAUUCCUGCAAAUUUUACGUGUUCCAGAAGGAAAAAUCCUAAAAAACCAAAAAAAAACCCUACCAGACCCCGAGUUCAACAGGUUCUCAAUUCACCUACUGGAAUCUUCGAUCCCUGCGUGUCCUUUGUACAUUCCUCUGUCUCGCUCUCGUAUCCUGCCGACUAUUUAAUUUUUUAUUCGUUUUGUUUCCGGUUCGGGAGGGGUUGGGAUUUGGGUUUUUCAGGGUUUUUUUUAAUUUUGUUUUCUUUGAUCGGUUGGGUUUUUUUGUUGUUGUUGUUUAUUUUUGUAUUUUUGUUGUUGUUGUUGCUCAGACUUGGCAUUUCCUUUCCAGUACUUGAUCCUUGGCGCUCCGAGGGGGUGACAUCCCAAUCCCCGGCGCAGUCCAGGGGCUGGGAGGAGACGCUGCUGAAAGAGAACUGCUUUACUCCGGGGUGUAGGAAGGUUGUAGGCACGUUGUAGAAGGGGUUUGGGGAGCAGCGAGUAGAGGGGGGGGUAGCAGAGGGAGAGAGGAGGUAGAUUCCGUGUUAUUUUUCGUUGCCUUUUGGAAAUGAGACGCUUCCCGACGGGAAGCGGGACUUGGGAGGCAACCGAGGGGUUCUUGCACGUGGUAGAAAGGUAGAGAGGAGGAAGCGGUGGAGCUGUGAGGGGAGGGGAAGGAGGAGGUGUAAAUACUCGGGGUGGCGGCGCUGCCGUCCUCCAGCGCUCCAGAGAUCCAGGGAGAGAUCCAGAGAAAGAUCCAGGGAAAGAUCCGGCUUGGGAAUGGCGCUCCAGAGCGUUGUGGGAAGCGGAGUGGUGACAGCUCUGAGCACAGUGGGGCGUCCCUGAAAUCCAGGAUUGGGGAGCAGGUUCCUGAAAUCCAGGAUUGGGGAGCAGGUUCCUGAAAUCCAGGAUUGGGGAGCUGGAUCCUGAAAUCCAGGAUUGGGGAGCCGGAUCCUGAAAUCCAGGAUUGGGGAGCUUGAUCCUGAAACCCAGGAUUGGGGAGCUUGAUCCUGAAACGCAGGAUUGGGGAGCAGGAUCCUGAAAUCCAGGAUUGGGGAGCUGGAUCCUGAAAUCCAGGAUUGGGGAGCUUGAUCCUGAAACCCAGGAUUGGGGAGCUUGAUCCUGAAAUGCAGGAUUGGGGAGCAGGAUCCUGAAAUCCAGGAUUGGGGAGCCAAAUCCUGAAAUCCAGGAUUGGGGAGCUGGAUCCUGAAAUCCAGGAUUGGGGAGCUGGAUCCCGAAAUCCAGGAUUGGGGAGCAGGUUCCUGAAAUCCAGGAUUGGGGAGCAGGUUCCUGAAAUCCAGUACUGGGGAGCUUGAUCCUGAAAUGCAGGAUUGGGGAGCCAGAUCCUGAAAUGCAGGAUUGGGGAGCAGGUUCCUGAAAUCCAGGAUUGGGGAGCAGGUUCCUGAAAUGCAGGACUGGGGAGCCAGAUCCCGAAAUCCAGGAUUGAGGAGUGGAAUCCUGCAAUCCCUGUCAACUGAAACCUAGGGUUGGGGAGUGGGAUCCCAAAAUCCAGGACUGGGGAGCCAGAUCCUGAAAUUCAGGAUUGGGGAGCCAGAUCCUGCAGUCCCUGUGAUCUCAAAUCCAGAAUUGGGGAGCCAGAUCCUGAAAUUCAGGACUGAGGAUCCAGAUCCUGAAAUUCAGGAUUGGGAAGCCAUAUCCUGGGAUCCCUGCGAUCUGAAAUCCAGGUUUGGGGAGCCGGAUCCUGAAAUCCAGGAUUGAGAAGCCAGAUCCUGAAAUUCAGGACCUGUGGUGCCAGAUCCUGCAGUCCCUGUGAUCUAAAAUCCAGAAGUGGGGAGCCAGAUCCUGAAAUCCAGAAUUGGGAAGCCAGAUCCUGAAAUUCAGGACUGAAGAGCCAGAUCCUGAAAUCCAGGUUUGGGGAGCCAGACCUCGCAGUCCCUGCGAUCUGAAAUCCAGGAUCGGGGCAGCCAUAUCCCGGAAUCCGGGCUCGGGGAGCGCCGACUCCGCGUCCGGGGACCGUCGCCGCCCGCGUCGCGCGCGCGGCCGGGAUCUUUGGGAGCGGGCCGUGGUUCUCUGUGGAUGUUGUACAGUUUCCAGUGCCAAGUUCCAUUAAAUUCCUGAUGGCC